UUUAUACUUGUAAUGCUUCCUCCCAAAUUAGACGAUCUGUAAAAGCGUGUAUGUCCAUGUCGCCCUAGAGAGAGAAGAUAAGAGAGAGAAAGGGUUCUCACGGUUCCCUGUUCUAUAUAUACCUAUAUAUCAGUAUAUAUAUAUAUAUAUAGUGAUAUUGUUCCAUUAUUGGAUCAAUAUCGAUAUCAAUGGCGGGGUCUUCUUCAAUCAUGGACUCACUGUUUCAACGCACUCUGGAGGACCUAAUUAAGGGCCUCCGCCUGCAACUGGUGGGCGAAUCGACUUUCAUCUCCAAAGGCCUAGAAGAGAUCCGGCACGAGAUCAAAUCGACUGACCCACAAACCAAGUCCAUGGCCCUCCAGAAGCUGACCUAUCUCCACUCCCUCCACGGCGUCGACAUGUCGUGGGCCGCCUUCCACGCCGUCGAGGUCACCAGCUCUGCCCGCUUCCACCACAAGAAGAUCGGAUACCUCGCCGCCUCUCAGUCCUUCCAUUCUGGCACAGAUGUCAUCCUCCUCAUCACCAACCAACUCCGCAAGGACCUCAAUGCCACCAACGAGUUAGAGGUAAGCCUCGCUCUCGAAUGUCUAUCAGUUAUAUGUACGCCCGAUUUAGCCCGAGACUUAACCCCUGAAUUAUUCACAUUACUGUCGAGUACAAAGACCCUUGUCCGAAAGAAAGCGAUCGCAACCCUUUUGAGGGUUUUUAGUAGAUAUCCAGAUGCGGUUAGGGUUUGUUUUAAGCGAUUGGUUGAGAAUUUAGAAGAAAGUGCAUCAGAUUUGCAAACAGUGUCCGCGGCAGUGGGGCUGUUCUGCGAGCUCACUGCAAAAGACCCCAAAUCCUAUCUCCCACUGGCACCCGAAUUCUAUAGGAUUUUGGUCGAUUCGAGGAAUAACUGGGUGCUGAUUAAGGUUUUGAAGAUCUUUGCUAAGUUGGCGGCACUGGAGCCUAGGCUGGCAAAGAGAAUUGUUGAACCCAUUUGCGAGCAUAUGAGGAGAACGUGUGCAAAAUCUCUCAUUUUUGAGUGUAUUCAGACUAUAGUGACUAGCUUAAGUGAGUAUGAAUCUGCAGUGAAACUUGCAGUUGUUAAGAUUCGGGAAUUGUUGGUUGAUGAUGAUCCAAAUCUUAAGUAUCUUGGGUUGCAAGCACUUUUGGUUGCUGCACCGCGGCACUUGUGGGCAGUGUUGGAGAACAAGGAGGUUGUCAUUAAGUCUUUGAGCGAUGCUGAUCCUAAUAUUAAGCUCGAGGCUUUGCGUCUUGUGAUGUCAAUAGUGUCCGAGGAUAAUGUUGCUGAAAUUUGUAGGGUUUUGGUUAAUUAUGCUCUAAAAUCAGACCCAGAGUUUUGUAAUGAGAUUCUUGGAUCCAUCCUAUCGACCUGCUCCAGGAAUGUCUAUGAGAUAAUUGUUGAUUUUGAUUGGUAUGUGUCGCUUCUUGGGGAAAUGUCGAGGAUACCACAUUGUCAGAAGGGGGAAGAGCUUGAGAACCAGCUUAUUGAUAUUGGUAUGAGAGUCAAGGAUGUUAGACCGGAGCUUGUCCAUGUUAGUCGUGAUUUACUGAUUGAUCCUGCAUUGCUUGGUAAUCCUUUCUUACACAGGAUAUUGUCUGCCGCUGCUUGGGUGUCGGGGGAGUAUGUUGAGUUUUCGAAGAAUCCAUCUGAGCUUAUGGAAGCACUGUUACAACCGCGAACUAGUCUCUUGCCACCAUUAAUAAGAGCUGUUUAUAUUCAAUCUGCGUUUAAAGUAUUGACCUUUUGUCUACAUUCUUAUCUCAUGCCAAAUGAAGCUGUUGCUUCUUCCUCCGCAUAUCCUAUUGAUCUGGAACCAGGAGUGAUUGAUUCGGUCAGUGAGAGGGAAUGUGUGGAAAGUUCUGAUUUAGCAACAUGUGAAGCUCCUGCCAAUAGUGAACGGGAUGAAGGGUUUAAUCCAAUGGCUUUUAAUGAACAAGUUGAAGAACUUUCUGCUGAUAAUGGUGGGGAUAUAAUUGUUGUUCAUGGGCAAACCUCUUCCUUAUCUGAUUUAAAGAGAGAUCGUUUGACCCAAGAAUCUAUUGUUAAUCUGUUAGAUAUUAUUGAAACUGCUUUGGGUCAGCUAACAGGAAGCCAUGAGGUGGAAAUUCAAGAGAGGGCAAGGAAUGUUCUUGGUUUGGUCGAAUUGAUACAGAAAGUAAUACGUGGUUGUGUGGUUCAGAACGGUGGGAUUUUUGAGAAGGAAGAACUGAAAGCUUGUGAAAUUAUCAAUCUGGUGAGUGGUGCCUUUUCUGAGGAGCUUGGUCCAGUUUCCAGUAGUGCUCAAGGAAGGAUACCUAUACCAGAUGGCAUAACACUUACAGAUAAUCUGAGGGAUUUGGAUACAAUUUGUGGAGAUAUGCAAUCACCUAAAUCAAGUCCAUUUUCCCUUGGAAGAUCACUAUUUGGGGAGAGGGAUGGUAACUCCAUCUUCAACCGCGAUGAUCAAGAAGAUUCAGUACCAUCAACUGAGUCCACAUCUCUACUCGCAGAACAUCGCAAGCGGCAUGGGUUAUAUUAUCUCCCUUCAGAGAAAAAGGAAAUUAUAUCCAAUGAUUACCCACUUGCUAAUGACUCUAAGUUGCGGGAUAAUGUCAAUGAUGAUACUGUAGAUCUUGUUAUGCUCGCAGAACAAUCACUUGUCCUGAAGAAAAAGCCAAACCAGACAAAGCCAAGGCCUGUGGUGGUAAAAUUGGAUGGAGAUAAAAUACCGAUUAUAGCCAAGAAGCCAGAGUUGGAAGAUGAUCUGAUCUCUGUAGCAGUGCGAGAUGUUCUUCUAGGCAAUGAAGCCAUACCCACGUCAUCACGAAGCAACCUUUCAAAUAAGUCAUCAAGCAAGAGAAGAGGAAAGGAGAUACUAAAUAUUGAUCAAGUUUCUGAAUCGAAAGAGAAUUUAAAUGUAGAGAAGUCUGAGCUUGGAAAUCAGAGUUCAAGAAGAAGCAAACACCGUCCUCAUGGUAAAGAGAGAAAACAUAGAAGUCCAGGGAAGAAUGUUGAGGAAGGAGAAGAAAACGGUGAGAAAGAUAAGCAGAAGAGCAGUCACCGUCAUGGCAGGCACAAAGCUCGACAAAGAGCGGAUGGAGGUGUGAAUGUGGCUGCACAAACACCAAUAAUCCCAGAUUUCCUUUUAUAGUGUUAAAGACGGGAAUCACCAUAUCUUAGUGGCUGCACUAAACUUGAAUGGAACUGCCCUUCUGUAAUUUUCUCUAUUUUGGACACUGAGAAUUUGGAUGAGUGGAGCUCCUGGCAGGGAGGUUUUGCAAUGUGAUCUCUUUGCCAGGUGUUGCAGGAUGUUUGGGCGGCAAUAUUCCCAUGGAAAGCAGUAUGGAGAACAAGAGUACUCAAUAAGACUUUCUUUGGACGGACAACGGCUUUGGGGAGGAUUUUAAUGGUUUAUAAUUUGAGGAAGAGACAACAAAUUGUGACCAACUGUGUUGCGCAUGCAAGAGGAAUGAAGAGCCAGUGAGUCCCCUUUCUUUGCAUUGCCGGUGGCUAGGGAAGUUUUGGUUAUGCUAUGCUUUUUGCUGUCUUUGGUGUGUAAUGGAUUUUACUGGCUUCCAUAAGGUCAACACAUACUCAAGUCUUGGAGGGGAUGUACAGUGAAAAGGUAAGUUCGAGAUGCAUGGAUGGUAGUCCUGUUUGUAUGUGAUGGGGUUUGUGGUGUAAGAGAAAUAGGAGUUCCUUCAAUGGUGUGGGAGAUACGGGUGAUAAAAGCAUUACAUUCGUUUUUUUUUUUUUUUUUUU